AUUAAGUACUAAAUUACGAACAUACCCUCAUCGCAUAUGCCUGACUGGCUCCCGCGCCGCUGCGGGACCGACCCUCUUUGGUAAACUCACCAAAUUCGACCGUUAAAACAUUAUCAUAUCAAUUCCCUUCAAUUCUGAGCUGGUUCUCCUAUUAACACCUGGCAACCGGAAUUUCCCGGCAAAAUACGUUUGACCUCCAGCGAGAAUGCCGUUACAAAUCGACCUAUAUUUGUUUCCCUCCAAAUCCUCGCUCCCGGAUCAGAAAAUCCAGAGAGCAAUCGAUCGAGAGAGGGCUUUAGGGUUUGCACAAAGAGAAAGAUCUAUGGAUUUAGGGAUUUUACCCAAAUCGAAAUUCCUCAAAUCUUUCUCUUUCUCUGCCCAAUUUUCCCUCUGAAUUCGGAGCCUUAAUUUUCUCCAAAUUUUGCGUUUUAAAAUGUCGUCGAAAACCGAGUACGACGCCGUUCCAAAUCCGAAAACCUACUCCGCUGCGGAAUCCGAUGACGGGGAGGAGUUGGUGCUCUCGAGGAGAAGCGGGUGCUGUUUCUGGAUCCCUUGCUUCGGACCCGAACCCUCCUCUCCCGACGGGUCGUGGGAGCGGAUCCGGUCCGCCGGCGAAUACGAGGAUCCGUGGCUGUACCGCGGCUGGAAGAAGAUCCGGGAGUGGUCCGAACUUCUCGCCGGUCCCAAGUGGAAGACCUUCAUCCGGCGGUUCAACAAAAACAAUCCCAGGCGGUCCGGGAAAUUUCAAUACGACCCCACGAGUUACUCCCUCAACUUCGACGAAGGCCCGGGGCAGAACGGUAAUUUGAUUGAUGAUUAUUUGUACAGGGAUUUCUCGUGCCGGUACGCGUCGAUUCCGGUGUCGGCGAAGUCGUCGAUGGAUUUGAGCGGCGACUCGCCCCCCUUCACGUGAGAGUCACGUGAUGAGGGGAUGUAGAGAGAGUGUGAAGGAAAACAGAGGGAAUUGAUGGGGGUGUUCUGGCGCCGCGCGCAGGGUUUUGCCUUUUGCGGGAGAGUUGACGGCGGAGGAAAUAUGGCCUUAGCCUCCAUAUUUCUUUUAAAACUCUUGUAUGCUUGGUACAGUGUCAUGCUAUUUCAUGUUUUGUGGUACAAUUUCAUCCUUUGUGGCCCUCUAUUUUGGAUCCUGGUAUAUCGUAUCUAUUGUGUAUUAGAUUCUUUUACAUAGACAUCGCGCAAUUGAAUUUAGACGUCGCGCGCUAUCUUAA